GUGGGCGUGGCUCGAGCUGGUCCUGAUGCUUGCAAUCAGUUUGCAGGGAUGCAGGCGAACUGGCAACAUCGGCAGCGUUUCUGCUAGCUGCACCCGAAGACAUGCAUUAGGGAAAUAGCAGGGGAUUGUCACUUUUCCUCCUCUUUUCUCUUUUGUUGGAUUGGGUCAGCUACUUUCAGGUGUACGGCGUUGGUGAUCAUUUUCAACUGGGCUUUGGAGCUCUCUAAGCUGUUUUUAUUCCUCUCUAUGUCUUAUUUGGUGGAUAAGAUUUCAGCGCAUCCAGCAGGCACGGAUUCACAUAGUGGGAGUGUACCGAGCACAGGAGGAAGGAAAAUAAUACAGUUUUCCUGCAAUAUUUGAGACUGACUAUAAGGAACAUUGCCUUGGAUACUCACUUAAACUUAAUUGUCUGAAAGCUGAAGUUAUUCCCAGCACAAAGGACUUAUGCUUGCAAGAACAUCUGCCACUAUUUAAAGGGAAGCUUUACAUUUGAAAAUGAAAGAAGAAUGAAGAACACAAGCAGUUUGGAUUUGAAAAUAAAAAAUGUGGAAGCUAUUGUGUUAUCUGACCAGCUGUAAGGAGAGUGCAUAAAGAAAAGCAAAUACAGAAAAUUGCAUGCUGGCUAGCAAGUCGUUAUAUUCAGAUCAGCUAAUAUCUCUUUACUUUGUGCAUAACUUGUGGAAAAUAUUAAAGCGCUGAGUGAAACAUGACAAAGAAGUGAUCCACUUUUGUGAAGCUCAUUCCUUUCUUAGGACUGGUGCCUCAGAAUUAAUUCAUUAGGCAUGGAAUAUUAUAAAAAGAUAUGGUAAUUUUGCCAAUACUGCCAGUAGCAGAGUACCUUUGGCAUUAACGUCCAUGUUCUCUUCUUGGACAGAAUCUGUUAACAAAAGGGAAACUGUAAAAUCUUUUCAAAGUUGCAUUGGUGUAGAGAUUUCCACAUUGGAUGAAUCCAAAUACUUCUAGAUUAAAAUGUAUAUCUCUUAACAUUUGAAGCUUUCAAGUUAAUGAUUUCCAGUUUCUUUUCUAAGUUUCUUGGAAGGCAACUUCUGUAUGAUGGAUUGUAAAAAACUAGAAGUCAUAAUGUUAUCCUUUAGUGUAUUUCUGAUGGCGUUUGUUAGCGUCUCUUUGGCUCUGGAGUUUGGCGGUACUACUGGGCAGUGGGCCCGUUAUGCUCGUUGGGAAUCAGGGUCUGUAGGAGAGCUGAGUUUUAGUAUUAAAACAAAUAUUUCCAAUGCAUUAGUGCUUUACCUUGAUGAUGGUGGUAACUGUGAUUUCCUGGAACUUACAAUUGUGGAGGGCCGCCUACGUCUUCGCUUUGCAAUCUCCUGUGCUGAGCCUGCCACAUUGCACAUGGAUACUCCUAUCAACGAUGACCGCUGGCAUAUGGUGUUAUUAACCCGCAAUUUCAGAGAAAGUAUGUUAAAGGUGGAUAAUGAGGAAAAGAUGGCAGAAGUGAAAUCCAAGAGGCGAGACAUGACUAUUGUGAGUGAUCUGUUUGUUGGUGGAAUUCCUCCAGAUGUUCGCCUAUCAGCACUGACUCUGAGCACUGUAAAGUAUGAGACACCUUUCAAGGGUUUAAUUACAAAUCUUAAAGUAGUUGAUACCCCACCCUCCUUGUUAGGAAGUCAAGGGAUCAGAAAUGAUGUGGAAUAUCUGUGCUCUAAACCAAAUCCCUGCCUGAAUGGUGGAAUAUGCUCUGUGAUUAAUGGUGAGGUUCAGUGUGACUGCAGCUCAACUGGAUUCCAAGGGAAAUUCUGCACAGAAGAAGAACAUACAAUGGAAGGUCCAGCUCACCUGACGUUAAACAACCAAGGACAAGCCUGAAGAUUCUACAGAAUAUAAAGGAGGAAAAAGACCUUUGGAUCAUGCCUACAGCCAAACGUUACCUCUUAGUAUUAGCAUCAGUUUAUCCAGAACAGUGAAUUUUGUUUGUCAUGUUGAAAUUUACAAAACUCUGCAGUUCUGAGUAUUUUUUAAGCUAUAAGGAAUCUCCCUGUUGGUUCAUACAGCUUUUAUAAAUCAUUGCUGCUUCAUAGUAUAUAUUUGGCCAUAUAUUCUGUUUGCUGCAUAUUAUAUUUUGUAAAUGAAAGUGUUUCUUUUAGAAUAAA